UUGCUGAAGUGAAUAGAAAAAAAAUUAAAAACGGAAUAACAAAAAGAUAAAUGAGUAAAUAACGGAGAUAGAAAUAUGGAAGUGAAAUAAAAAGUGCAAGGACAGGGACAAAUUAUUCAUCGCCUCUACGGACUGCAUCCCCUUCCGGUGCAAUUCGUUCACUUUCGUUUUACUAUUUCCUGAUUCAUGGGACACGGCUAUUCCUAUUGAAAGGCAAUGGCAGGCCUGCUCAACACAACAAUGAUCCUCUUACACGAUGCGUACGAUUACUACCUCUGGACUCUUUCGCUGGCAGACGAAAGAACGCGAGGGUGGCUGCUGGUCGAUUCUCCCGCACCGACUCUCAUGUACACCUUGAUGUACCUCGCCAUAGUUUGGGCAGGACCAAGGAUAAUGAAAGGAAGAAGAGCUUUUAAACUUACGUGGGCCCUUGUGCCUUACAACCUAGCGAUGGCCCUUUUAAACGCUUACAUCGCCGUAGAGUUAUUCGUCGCCUCGACCAGGUUACAAUACAGCUACGUGUGCCAACCUAUAAGACACAUUACGAGGCCGGACGAACUUCAGAUUGCGAAUGCGGUCUGGUGGUACUACUUUAGCAAACUUCUCGAAUUCUGCGACACCUUUUUCUUCAUCCUUCGAAAAAAGGACAACCAAUUAAGCUUCCUUCACGUUUAUCACCACUCGACAAUGUUCUCGCUUUGGUGGAUCGGGAUAAAAUGGGUGCCAAGUGGAUCCACAUUCCUUCCAGCUAUGGUGAAUAGUUUCAUCCACGUUCUGAUGUAUUCCUACUACGGCCUAGCCGCACUGGGUCCAUCGAUCGCAAAAUAUCUUUGGUGGAAAAAGUACCUGACAAUUCUUCAGCUGAUUCAAUUUACCGCAGCUCUAGUCCUCGGGAUAAACGGGAUUCGUUCGGGGUGCGAUUUCCCUCUAUGGAUGCAGUACGCCCUCGUGCUUUACAUGAUGUCAUUCAUAGUUCUAUUUGGAAAUUUCUACGCCAAGGCCUACAUAGCAAAGGGUAAACGAGUGUACGCGGCCAAGAUGGCGGCGAACGCGAAAUUGGCUGCCGCCAGUAAAGGAGCGGAAAGUGCAACGACUGAUAGCAUCGCAAUAAAUGGAAAAUUGCAGAGGAAUGGCUACUGCAACGGUUUGCACGCGAACGGUACAGCGAAUAAGAAAUUGCAGUGAUUGCAGCAGUCGAGCACUGCAACAGAGACAGAAUUAUUUCAAUCUAGUGAUCUAUACGUACUUAUGCAGCUAUAGUGAAAUACGACGCGCUCGAACGAAACCCCUUGAACUGAGGGGAAUUUUUAUUUAUUCUUUGUUUGAAAAGAAAAAAAAAAAAACGAAGGAGACACGCGUCUGAUAAAUAUAAUUAUACUAAUAAUAAUAAUUAUGAUGAUGAUAACUAAAACGAUGAACAUUUUGGGAUCGUAGUAGAAUAAACUACGUAUAAUGCAAUGUAAUAUUAUAAACGAUCAUACACGACGAAAAAUUAGAGAGCUGAGCAUCGAUUUCUAAUUCGUAUGAGUUUAAAUCUCGACUAGGAUGGCUGAGGAUUGAGCGUAUACGAUUGGAAGAGAGAGAGAGAGAGAGAGAGAGCGAGAGGUAGAAAAAAGAAUUAAUGAAUAAUGAAUAAUGAACGAAAAAUUAACACCUAGUUAGCAUUUGUACAGAAACUAUAAACUUAAAUGAACUGUUUUUAUAAACCUACUAAGUCUGCCGCAGCUUAUACAGAUGUUAUAAUGUAAUAUGAGGCUGUGAAAGAUAGCCACAUAAGCAAACACCAUGACUAGUUAAAUGUCUUUGAUCCUUUAGGAUUGUCGCGACGCUCCAUCAUGAAUAACAAGAAAAUCGAAAAUAUUUCGAAUAAUCAUUUGGUCAAUUCUAAUUUUUAGAUAUUAAUAACGAACAUGUCGUAUUCGAGAUUAGAAAUUUCGUUUUAUAUUCAAUUUGCCAUAAGUAUGCUGCAUGACUUUGGAAAAAGAUGAAAAUGAAAAACAUGAUUCCAUGAUUUGUAAAUAUAUUAAUACACAUAAUAAUGACGAUUAAAUAAGAUUCCGUAAACUGUGAACCUCUUCGUAAUACUGUGCGCCAAUUAUUAUACAAUUAAUAGAAACAUAAUUAUAUGAAAAAACCGCUUCAAGCUCAAAACGGUAAACUCAAUGAAUGAUUUCGUAGAAUAUUGAUUUCCUUCAGUUUACUCUUUUUUUCAUUCGAAUUUUGAAAUGCAAUAUUUCGGCGAGUCAAUAGUCAGCGUGCUUUGAUAUGAUUAUCGUAAUUCGAUAUUGUAAUCAAUGCUGCGGACGAUUAGCAAUAGGCUAUAGUAAUUAACUAUAGUAUAUCAUAGACUCGUUUUGUCAUUUCUUUUUUAUGAAUGUUCAUUUUAUGAAUACAUUUUUUCAACAUCUGCAGUACCGGAAUGCAAGGUAUCGAUUGAUUGAGUUAUUUAUUUAUCAAUUCGUUGUUCGAUUCAUUUGCCCGAUAAUACUGUAGUGUAGGCAAUAAAAUGUUAUUAUUAUUGUGUUGAUCGUUAUGAAGAUUAUUGUAACAAUAUUAUUACCAGUCUUGUUAUAAAAACGGCAUUGCCGAAAAAUGCUUUUAUGAAACGCAUUUUCAGACA